AUGCAAAAUUUAACAGCAAAACAAUUACAAAGAAUUGAAAAGAAGAAAAAGAAAAUGGCUGCACUUUUGGAAAUUACUAAAUUAAAUGAUAAAGAUAAAGCUAAAAUGCUUGCUCUUAAAAAAACUUCCGCAGAAGCUGAUCUCCCUAAUGAUACAGAUAGUAGUGAAGUUUCCAUUGAAGAAAGUUCUAAGCGUAAACGUCCUUGUGAUAAGGAUUUAAAAGAAACAUAUUCAGAAAUUUCUACUAAAACAGAAAAUGCAGAAGACAUAUACAUAAGUACAGAGGAAUCAGAUUCACUUGCUAACAAGAAACCUAGAUUAAGUAGAGAUGAAUAUUUAAAAUUGAAACAAGAAUUGAGAGAACGUAAAAAGAAACUUAAAAUAAUACCACGAUUAUAUUUAAAACCAGCUGGUAAAAGUGCUAGCUUAAGUAUUAAUGUUAAAAGUGAAGAUAGGGUUCCUAUUUUCCUGAGUGAUGUACAACAUUUACUAUUGUAUUCAUUACAUGGUCAUCAUUCACCUUAUAUGCCUACAAGAUGGUGUCAACUUGAAAAAUUUAAUAGGGUCACACACACUGUCGCUCUUGUUGUUGAAGGACUUUCCCUGUACCAUUUUAUGGCUUAUGAGAGUAUGUUUUCACAUAUAACAUCAAAGUUGGAACAUCGCGUAGAGGUAGUAACGCCUACGGCAUAUGGAGGAUCAGUAAUAGAAGAUCUUGCAGCUGUUCCUAUGACUGGGUUACAAUGUGAUAAAUUGAUUAAAGAAUAUGGAUCAUUAGAGGCAGCAUUACAAACUACAGGGGAUGUGAUAAAAAUAUUACGAGUUGUUUUUCCAAUAAAUUCGAGUACAUUAACAGAUAAUGAAAAUGUUACAAAAGAAUCUGAAGUACCUUCUACGGAUAAGUUUCCCCGAACACAAUUACUCUUAUCUUUGUGUCAAAUGGUUGAAGAAAAUUAUCCUGUUCCCCUCAAGGGUGAACUAGCAAAAAGAUAUGGAAAUUAUAUAAUGACAAAGGAUGUUUAUGUAGAAGCUAGUGCAAAAUCUCCGAUGAUUGGCUUAGACUGUGAAAUGUGUAGAACAACUUCUGGAGAAUUAGAACUAACGAGAAUAUCUCUCGUUGAUGAAAGUAUGAAUGUUAUAUAUGAUGGUUUGGUAAAACCAGAAAAUCCUAUCAUUGAUUAUCUCACUCGGUACAGUGGUAUAACAAAAGAAAUGUUAGAAGGCGUUACCACUUCGCUAUCUGAUGUUCAACAAACGUUGCGAAAAUUACUUCCUGCGGAUGCAAUUCUUGUAGGUCAAAGCUUAAAUUUUGAUCUUCAUACAUUGAAAAUGAUGCAUCCAUAUAUUAUUGAUACAUCUGUAAUUUUUAACAUUACUGGUGAUAGAUACAGGAAAACAAAAUUACAGACUCUAGCGAGAGAAUUUCUCGGAGAAAAAAUACAAGAAAGUAAUUCUGGUCAUUGUUCAACUGAAGAUUCAUCGGCUUCCAUGAAAUUAGUACAAUUAAAAUUAGCAAAUAGCGUGGAUUAUGGAGAUGCUGUGUUACUUGGCCGAUGUGAUAUGAAUGUUUUAAAGAUGAAAGCAGAAAAGCGUAAAUCUGAUUAUAAGUUAAUGACACAUGAAAUGCGAAAUUAUGCGACUUCGAUAUUUAAACAUGCAACGAAGAACCAAAAAACUGCUGCCAUUGUAGGUAGUGAAAAAGUUAUGAACGAAUAUUCCAAAUAUUUAACUUCUUCUAUUAAUAUUAUGGAUGAUGAAAAUUUCGACAAAGACGAUCACGUACGCCUUGUGGUAACGGAAAAUGAUAAACAGACAGUAACUCGAGCUUCUCAAAUAGCAAUGGAACAUGCCUUUACUUUGUGCCAUGUUAGGAUAGAAGAAAAUAAAUUACAAAAUGAAGAAAUAGAAAAAACGUUCCGCACCAUAAAUAAAUGGGUACACAAAUUAUGGCGACAUGUGGCGUUAAACGGUUUAGUGUGCGUCAUAUUUGGGGGGGAAAACGAUGCAGCAAACGGUGCCUGUUUCUUGAAUUUGAAGAGAGAAGUAUCUGAAGACUGCGCGAUAUGCACUUAA